AUGGACUACCAAAACCGCGCCGGCUCCAAAUUCGGUGGCGGCGGCGUGGCCUCGCACAGCGCCACCAACGCCGACCGCCGCGAACGCCUGCGCAAGCUCGCGCUCGAGCAAAUCGACCUCGACAAGGACCCCUACAUCUUCAAGAACCACCUGGGCUCCUUCGAAUGCCGCCUCUGCCUGACCGUGCACCAGAACGACGGCUCCUACCUCGCGCACACCCAGGGCAAGAAGCACCAGACCAACCUGGCGCGGCGCGCGGCGCGCGAGCAAAAGGAAGGCAAGGGCGAGGUCGACCCGCACACGGGCCUGCCCGUCGGCGUGGUCGGCGCCGGGUUCGCGGCGCUGGGACUCGGCGGCGCCGGCGCCGGCGGCCCGCGCAAGAACGUGGUCAAGAUCGGCCGGCCCGGGUACAAGAUCACCAAGGUGCGCGACCCCAUCACGCGCCAGCAGGGCCUGCUGUUCCAGUUGCAGUACCCGGAUAUUGGCACGGGCGUCGCGCCCAAGUGGCAGGUCAUGAGCGCCUUCUCGCAGCGCGUUGAGGACCCGGACCGCAAUUUUCAGUACCUCCUCGUCGCUGCGGAGCCGUAUGAGACGUGUGGCUUCAAGAUCCCCGCGCGUGAGCUGGAUAAGCGGGAAGAUCGCCAGUUCGAGUACUGGGAUCCGGAUUCCAAGGAGUAUUGGGUGCAGAUCAUGUUUAUGACGGAGCGUGAGGAGCGGUUCAAUGCCGCGCCGGGGCUGACGGGAAGGCGGUGA